AAAAAUACUUAUUCCGAUAAGAAUUUUAAACUCACACCGCAAUUUCAUAAUUUUAUUUGGUUAUAUAAUCUCCACAAACGCAGCACUUUACAGCCACUUACCCCCUACAGUCAUCCUCAAACGCUGCGUUUUAAACUGAAUUCAAUUUCCCUCCUCUUGACUCUUGAGGGUCUUCAGCCGAAAACCACUCCUCUCUUAUCUCUCUCUCUCCUCAAAACCCUAGCCCGCCAUAACCAAUAACCAAUAACCCUCCAUUAACACUCACUUCAUUUUCUCUCUCCUCCCUAAAAACUUUCAAUUUUCUCUCUCCUCAAAAAAUCUCAAAAACAUUCAUCAAUGGCGUCUACAGCUCUGCGCUCACCUGCUCUCCAAAACUCAUCUUUUCUCUCUCAUCAUCCUUCCUCUAAAACCCUCCAAAAACCCUCAUUUUUCCCUCUUUCCCCUCCUUCAACCCACAAAAUCACCCCUCUAAAAUCCUCUUCUAACUCGAACCCCACCUUUUUAUCCGCAAAAAAAGACAACCCAUAUGAUGAAUUCGUGGAUUCCGAUGAGAAACCUCGUGAAGAGUGUGGUGUUGUCGGAAUCUAUGGCGACCCAGAAGCUUCUAGACUCUGUUAUCUUGCACUUCACGCACUACAACAUCGUGGGCAAGAAGGUGCUGGUAUUGUGACUGUAAACGACGGCGUUUUGCAGAGUAUAACUGGUGUUGGUUUAGUUUCAGAGGUUUUCAAUGAAUCUAAGCUUAACCAGUUACCGGGUCAAUCAACGAUUGGUCAUGUUCGUUAUUCAACUGCUGGGUCUUCUAUGCUUAAAAAUGUGCAACCUUUUGUUGCCGGUUACAGGUAUGGGUCAGUGGGUGUUGCUCAUAAUGGUAAUUUGGUUAAUUAUAAGGCUUUGAGAAAUAUGCUUGAAGAUAAUGGCUCUAUUUUUAAUACUAGUUCUGAUACUGAAUGUGUUCUUCAUUUGAUUGCUAUUUCUAAAGCUAGGCCUUUCUUUUUGAGAAUUGUUGAUGCUUGUGAACAGUUGGAGGGUGCUUAUUCUAUGGUUUUUUUGACUGAGGAUAAGCUUGUGGCCGUCCGAGACCCGUAUGGGUUUCGCCCGCUUGUUAUGGGGAGAAGGAGUAAUGGUGCUGUUGUUUUUGCUAGUGAGACUUGUGCACUUGAUUUGAUUGAGGCUACUUAUGAGAGAGAAGUGUACCCUGGUGAGGUUUUAGUUGUGGAUAAAGAAGGAGUUCAAUCCUUGUGUUUGAUGCCUCACCCUGAGCCGAAACAGUGUAUUUUCGAACAUAUAUACUUUUCGUUGCCUAAUUCGAUUGUUUUUGGGAGGUCGGUUUAUGAGUCUAGGCGGGAGUUUGGUGAGAUUUUAGCAACUGAGUCGCCGGUUGAUUGUGAUGUGGUUAUUGCUGUGCCGGAUUCUGGGGUGGUUGCUGCUCUUGGGUAUGCUGCAAAGGCGGGUGUGCCGUUUCAGCAAGGUUUGAUAAGGUCACAUUAUGUGGGUAGGACGUUCAUUGAGCCGUCCCAGAGGAUCAGGGAUUUUGGGGUAAAGCUUAAAUUGGCACCAGUGAAGGCUGUUUUGGAAGGGAAGAGGGUGGUUGUUGUGGAUGACUCGAUUGUUAGGGGUACCACGUCUUCAAAAAUUGUUAGGUUGAUCAAGGAAGCGGGAGCGAAAGAGGUACAUAUGAGGAUCGCGAGUCCUCCCAUCAUUGGUUCUUGCUAUUAUGGUGUCGAUACUCCUAGCUCUGAGGAGCUCAUCUCAAAUAGAUUAAAUGUGGAGCAAAUUAGGGAGUUCAUUGGGUCUGAUUCACUUGCGUUUUUACAGCUUGAUAGUUUGAGGAAGUUGCUUGGUGGUGAUUCACCAAAUUUUUGCUAUGCUUGUUUUUCAGGGAAGUACCCUGUUGAGCCUAAGGAAUGGAAAGUUAAAAGUAUAGGUGAUUUUGUUGAUGAUGGCUUGACUGGAGUUAUCGAUUCUAUCGAUGGUGGUUGGGUUACAGGUCCUAGAUUCCAGAAAGCCGAGGAAGUCGCUGGUCCUUUAUAGCCAUUCUAGAUUGAUUUUUCAACCUGUGAUCACGAUAGAAAACGAUCACACCCCCUUCUCCCCCUCCCCCUCCCCCUCCCCCCUAUUUUCUACUUUGCUUAGAGGAGUAUAGAGAAGUUGGAUAUAGAAUUCAUAAUAAUGCAUAGCUAAACAAAACGCCAGUCGUGUCGGAAGCGCUGAUUCAUUCCACCGAUGCUUCUGGCUUGAUUCCUUUUCGCUAUUUGUGACAAAGGAAAAUGAAGAAUGACUCUAAAGAUGCACAAGUUUUUACUGCUGCUGCUAAUUAUUGGAUUUCUACAACUUGAUUUCUAUGUCCUCUUGUACUCUUGCUUUGAUAAAUAUACAAGGUUGCUUGACCUCGUAA